ACACUGUAACACUCGCUCAAGCCCAAAAUUCUCUCCCUCAAUCCUUUCAACAAUUUGAACACUUGUUGAGGACUUAACGAACCAACAAAAUCUGAGUCCUUCUUCAACACCAAGAAAACUUUAAUCUCCUUCGUCUCUCCCAAAUCGAAGUAAGUUUAGCUUUUAUUCCUUAAUUCCAGAAAACCCAAUUGAUUUCUUUAUUGUUUGUAUGAAGCUCUUCGUUUCCUUCUUCCAUUUCAUGCUCAGUUACUAAUAUCUGAAUCAGUCAUUAUGGAUUCAGAUGAGGGGACUGUGGCAGUGGAGAGUUCUUCUAUACAUGGACUUGUUACGUAUGGAGGAGAUACAAUUGUAGAACCAUAUGAGGGCAUGCAAUUUGAUUCUGAGGAUGCUGCAAAAAUAUUCUACGAUGAGUAUGCACGGAGGCUGGGAUUUGUCAUGCGAGUAAUGUCCUGUCGCCGUUCUGAAAGAGAUGGGAGGAUUCUUGCUCGUCGACUUGGGUGUAAUAAGGAGGGCUACUGUGUUAGUAUUCGAGGUAAAUUUGGGCCAGUUAGAAAGCCAAGACCAAGCACAAGGGAAGGUUGCAAGGCAAUGAUUCAUGUUAAGUAUGACAAGUCAGGCAAAUGGGUGAUUACUAAAUUUGUGAAGGACCAUAAUCAUCCUCUUGUGGUCUCCCCCCGUGAAGCUCGUCAAACAAUGGAUGAGAAGGAUAAAAAAAUUCAGGAAUUGACUACAGAGUUGCGGAAUAAGAAACGUCUAUGCACAACAUAUCAAGAACAGCUUACUACAUUUAUGAAAAUUGUUGAAGAGCAUAGUGACCUGCUAUCUAAGAAAGUUCAAAAUGUUGUUAGCAAUCUUAAAGAAUUCGAAUGCAUAGAUCAGGAGCUUUCCCAACAUCGAUAGUCGCAGCGUUUGAUGCUGCAACAGAAUGAAAUGAUGACAAAAAAAAAAAAACGAAAAGACCCAAAUCAUUUGUUGUAUUGGGUAUAAACGCAAUCAUGGUUGGAACUUCCAUGUUUGGUGAUCAAUGUUCAUUAGAGCCAGGAUUGCACGUAAAUUUAACACCUGUGGUACUUGCAAGAACAAUCAUGAGCAUAUUUUGAAGAUGUAAGUGAAUUUUCUACUUCAAUUCGAUAGGGCAUGGACAUAGUAGAAGUAUACAUGGAAUUCCCUUCUUUGCAGAUAGUUUAUAUCCAAUUUGGUAUAGUAUUUGAUUUGCUUGUAUUGACGAAUAAAAGAAUGUAAUUCAAAGAGUCAAAUUUGAUUGUAUCAAUGAUCAAAUUUCCAGUUAUGACAUUUUUAAUUUAGUUUCA